AUGGCCGUUCGAAGCAGCCCAGAAAAAGUCCAUGACAUACUGGCAAAAUACAAUCAUGUAUCUUGGCUUGCAGACGCUUUUUCAGAUUUAGCAAAUAUACCCAAUGUGCAGUUGUUUGUUGAUGAAAACAAGCUAAAAAAUUACGGACAAUCACUGGCUACUGCAUGUGAAACAGUUGCAGUUAAUUGGAACAAUUAUUACAUUGAAAACUUUGAAAACAUUAUAUGCAAUUAUUUUGUAUUCUUCGUCAUCAAAGAAUAUUCGGAUUUAAAAGUUGCCAAUAUUAAAAAAUUGGUGUAUAACUACGUGUAUGAUGAAGUAUUCUUACAAGCUGAAACGUCGAGCAUACCAGUGAAUACACCGAGCUUGUUUAAGCCUGAGGCGGCUUCCAGUCUCCAAAAUUACCUGAAUCCUCUAAUCCUAGAAGUGAAAACUAGAAUACCAGCGGUUCCUGUCACUAAAGCUACUCUUAAUGAAUCGCCUUUCAAAAUUCUUCCGAUAUUUAGGUAUAUACUAGGCGAAUAUGAAGCAUAUAAUAUUGCUCAAGCGUCCGAAAAGAAGGAAAAAGCCAAAACGACAAGACUAUUCAGUUUAUUUUCCCCCAGCCUGGGUUGA